AGUGUGGUGGAAGAUGCAUUUACGAGAAGGGGAAUAUGAAAAGGCUCACACAGAUUUUUUUGAAGCUUUCAAAAAUUAUGAUGAAUCAGGUAGCCCAAGAAGGACAACUUGUCUCAAGUAUUUAGUUCUAGCCAAUAUGCUGAUGAAGUCUGGCAUUAACCCUUUCGACUCUCAAGAAGCAAAACCAUAUAAAAAUGAUCCCGAAAUCUUGGCAAUGACGAACUUGGUGAGUGCCUAUCAAAAUAAUGACAUCAAUGAAUUUGAGAAAAUUCUAAAAACAAAUAGGAAAAAUAUCAUGGAUGACCUCUUUAUCAGAGAACACAUAGAAGGUUUGUACCGCUGA